AUGCCUAUUCAAUUAGGCGACACACAUCCCCACUUUGAUACUGAAGAUACUCGUGACAAUAAUCUACCCGAUGACUUGGAUGAUGCCCCUUGUAACGCGAUUAUCGAAACGGUCUCCCGGGCCCUUAACUAUCCAGUCCGACACAUACCCAUAAUCAAUUACAUCAUUGUGUGCAUCUUGACUUUCUUCCUCAUAAAGCUAUCGAUCAAAUAUACCCGUUUGUAUACCAAAAACUCGUUGCUCGCCACCAUUGCCACCAAUCUCGUGCUCUACGGAAUUGCAGACACGCUUGCGCAAUCCAUCAGCGCGUAUAUGAAGGCAGCGCGGCAAUCCAGGAUGGAAUCAGCGCUAGGUUUGACUGACUACCGAACCCGGGCGCAUUCCGAUUCGAGUGUAAAUUUAUACUCAAACAACAGCGGGUAUUACACUGAUGACGAGGAUGACCUUGAAAACUUCAUGUCUUACCUUGACACCAAUGAUGGCGUGACUCUACCCUCGAUACCGCUGGCUGUCACCUAUCGCGGUGUCUCGACUAGAUUCCAGUUCCAUCGACUCGCAGGAUUUAUGUGCUGGGGGUUUAUGCUUGCAUUCAUCCAGGUGUGGUGGUACAGUUUCCUACAGAUAUACUCCUCGGAUCCUACCAUAAUUGCCAUCAUCCGAAAGGUCUUGACCGACCAGUUGUGCUUUUCCCCGGUGUCGCUUUUUUGCUUUUUCAAUUAUACCACUAGAGUUCUUGAGGGCGGUACCUGGGAGGACGCCAAGGCCAAGUUGGAGAAGAUCUACUUGCCCACCCUCGUCGCGAGCUGGUCGCUUUGGAUCCCGGUUCAGUUCGUCAACUUCCUCUUGGUUCCGCGGAGCAUGCAAGUGCCCUUUAGCUCCACUAUUGGGGUAUUUUGGAACUGCUACUUAAGUUUGAGAAACUCUGCUAGUGCAGAAACCGAGCGAGAGGGUGUAUAG